CGGAGUUAAACGUCAUCCAAGCGCACCAGGCUCUGGAUAAGGAUAAAAGCGAGCAGAGUGCAGAAGAGUCGGAUCUUCCAUGGCCCUGUGUUCGCUGACUAGCGCUCUGCGCUCUCUGAGCCUGGCAUCCCCGGCCAUUACCGCCCGGGUUCCGGCUCUACUCCCUGCUGCCCAGAUACUGAACAAUGGCCUCUUUCAACUGUCGCCUGCCAACCGAGCAGUGCAUCUGUCUGUGGACCGUAGUGCCAAGAUUGUUUCCUGGAAGAGCCGCACCAAGUACACAGUUAAACCAGUGAAGAUGAGGAAGUCUGGGGGUCGAGACCAUACAGGCCGCAUCCGAGUCCAUGGUAUUGGUGGGGGCCACAAACAGAAUUAUCGAAUGAUUGACUUCCUACGGUUCCGGCCAGAGAAGGAAACCAAGCCAGGACCCUUUGAGGAGAAGGUUGUCAUUGUCCGCUACGAUCCGUGUAGGUCUGCAGACAUAGCACUGGUUGCUGGGGGCAGCCGGAAACGUUGGAUCAUUGCCACAGAAAACAUGAAGGCAGGAGAUACGAUCCUCAAUUCCAACCAUAUAGGCAGGAUGGCAGUGGCUGCUCGGGAAGGGGAUGCGCAUCCUCUCGGAGCAUUACCUGUGGGGACCCUCAUCAACAAUGUGGAAAGUGAGCCUGGCCGAGGAGCCCAGUAUAUCCGUGCUGCAGGGACGUGUGGCGUGCUGCUUCGGAAGGUGAACGGAACAGCCAUUAUCCAGCUACCCUCUAAGAGGCAAAUGCAGGUGCUGGAGACGUGCACUGCCACUGUAGGCCGAGUUUCCAACGUUAAUCAUAACCAGAGGGUCAUCGGCAAGGCAGGACGGAACCGCUGGCUGGGCAAGAGGCCUAACAGUGGGCUCUGGCAACGCAAGGGGGGCUGGGCCGGCCGGAAAAUUCGGCCACUGCCCCCUAUGAAGAGUUACGUGAAGUUGCCCUCGGCUGCUGCCCAAAGCUGAUAGCUCUGGACUCUAAUAAAAUGCCCCUUGUUUUUAUCUG